CCCCGACGAUUGACCACCGCGUACUCCCCUCCAAAAUUUGUCCAAAAACCCCCCACAAACCCCCGCAAAAACUCCCCAAAAUUUCGCAUUCUCCCUCCAAACCCUCCACCUCGCCGCCCGCCUCCGCCGCGCCGCCGGCGGUACGGCAUCCCAACCGAGAAUGCCACCCUCCGACGACGGAGGAGACCCCUCCUUCCUCCCCAUCCCCCUCCUCUCCCGCGUCACGACCCUCCCUCCGCCGGCCCCCUCCUCGCCGCCCCACCCCAUCCCGCCGCUCUCCUUCCGCCACCUCUCCCCCUGCGCGCGGUGGUCCGCCUGGGUCACCGCCGCCCUCCGCGACCCCGCGUUCGCGCCGCUCCUCCGCUCCGCCGGCAUCGCCGACGCCGUCGGGGCGUCCGCCGCCACCGUCAAUCCCGACCGCGGCGCCCUAGCGGCGCUGCUCUCGUUCUGGGACCCGGCCUCCCACGCCUUCCGCCUCCCCGCCGGGGCCGCCACGUUCUCCCUCGAGGACGCGCUCCUCCUCGCCGGCCUGCCCCCGACCGGCGCCCCGCUGGACCGGCCCCUCACCCCCGAGGAGGACGACCUCCGAAUCCGCCUCGUCAUCGAGAAGGAGAAGAUUCGGGAGCUCCACCCCUGCGCCCGCGACGCCCGCCGCGUGUCGGCGGAGUUGUGGCUCGAGUGGUUCGACAGCAGCAUCCGCCCCGGCGAGGAUGAUGAGCUGCGGCGGCUUGGGUUCCUCGCAUACUGGCUUGCUUUCUUCGUUACUCCGCGGCUGCGGCCAAGGAGCGGGGAGCUGCCGGAUUGCACGUUUGCGCUCGCCGCUCGUCUUAGUCUUGGAGAGCGUAUUGCCCUUGGCCCGGCAAUGGUAGCGAAUCUGUAUGCCGAUAUGGAUAGGAUUGUUGCUUCUGGGGUAAUGGAGGGGGUCAGCGGGCGUGUUGAAACCUGGGGCCCUCUCUUGCUUCUUCAGGUGUGGAUAUGGGAACGUUUCGACUGCUUGCGCCCACCGCCACUGAAGGCUCCACCGUUCCCUGUCUCGAAUGCUCGAGUGCACCUUUGGAGCCGGAGGAAGAGGACAACCACAUCGGAGGAGGCUCAACAGGUUUUCCAGGAUGAGGCAUGCUUUCUGUGGAGGCCAUACCAGUACAACUCGCUGAACUGGACGCAACCUGAGUGGUUCAAUGAGAAAACCACUACAGCGAGUUCGGAAAGUAAACAUAAGCCAAAGUGGUUGGAUGAUUACAGUGCAAUGAUUACGCAAGCAGUGUUGACUGGAUGGUUUGGUGAUGGGAUGGCCAAUUCAGUAAUGUAUAAUCCACACCUUGUUGCUAGGCAAUUUGGUUAUGAUCAGGAUUUUCCUGUAUCUAUUAUACAUGGUUCUGAUUCCAGUGGAAUUGAGGUUUGGGUACCAAGUAUUGGUAGACAUGGGGUUGCUAGCAAGGAUUAUGCUGCAUGGUGGAAUGCACGUUUCGAGAGGCAUCAGGAAGGCAAUCAACAUGGUUGUGGGAUGAUGUUAAACAAGGAAAAUAAGACGAGCGCAUUGCCUCUGAAUACAGGUCUGAUAAGUGUGGUACAGAUGGCUGUUGAUCAUUUUAGAAAAGGCACCAAGCAAGAGAACAGUAAAUGCAUGACAAAAAGGCAGUUAACACAACUGGGUAAUGUUGCUCCCAACAACGAAUGGAAUCAAGUUGUCCUAGGCCUUAGUGCAUAUGAUUUUGACCGUAGUCAAAAUGCAGUGAAAAGAAAAGAUGCCAUUAAAAAAAUACGAGAUAAAUCAACCGAUGUGAAUAGGAAGAAGAAGAAAAAUAAGGUAUUUGCUAAUGAGGGCGGCGAGUGUCCCCAAUUCUAUGAUUGGGUGCCGCUAACUGUGAGUAACAAUGAAAAUAAUUCAUUGCAACUUGAUGUUCAGGAGCGCUCUGGACCACAGGAAGAUUCCAACUCUUCUAGUAAGAGAUGUGAUGAACUGGCACAACUUAAUAAUGAUGAAUGUAUUGUUCUUGAACCACCUGCUAAGAAUUGUGAAGUAAUAAAUCUUGACGAUGAGGAGGAACAAAGUGUCCCUAAUCCCAAACAUCAUGAUAGGCAGCUUGUACUUGAGCUAGAAGAGUUUGUGCGCUCUGGGCUUCUGUCACAACGCGAGGAAUGUUCUGAUGAGGAUGAGGAAGAUAGAAGAAACCGAGAUAUACUGAAGGAUAAUAAAGAUGACCCUUUUUCUGAAGCAGCCAGGAGGGAAUACCCUCUGUUCUUUGAGUUCAUUCCGCAGAAACCACAUUACCGAGGGUUGCUGAACAAUGAUGAAGCUCUAGGAGAUCUAGCCUACAGUGGACUAUGGUUUUUGCUGGUUGGUUUAGCUAAGGAGGUGCUCAAGACAUCAUGUGAUACAGAUGCUUCUGAGAUUGUUUGUUUGAUGAAAAAGGCUCAGGAAUUGGAGCAACUAGGGUUCAAUGUGAAACAUCUCAUUGCCCGCUUGAAGGAGCCACAAAGCCGUCUUAGGCUGCUUCAAGAUUCUAUUACAAGGCUUGAGGAUGCUCGGAAAAAAGAGCAUGAAGCAAACAGGUUACAAUCACUGUCAAGCCAUCUGAGUAAACUGAAACACAAUAUACAAACAAUGGAGUGGCAUUUGGACGCAAAGAAUCAAGCUUCUAGUUCAUCUAUAUUCAGUUUAGAGAAGGAAGUAGAAGCUGCUGAAAAAUAUUGUCAGGCAAUGAAGGAUGAAGUGGUUGCAUUGAAAAUGAAUCAUUCAAACCUUUGACCAUGGAGCUAUGGGUUGCUCUAGCAUCGAUUGUAUGAAUGAAAUGGAUGCUUCCUGAUGUAGAUUGUAGAGUUUUUCAAGUCCAUCUGUGGAAUAUGGGCCUUCAGAAAAUACUAUUAAUAUUUUCCUAACCAUCUAUCAAA